UACAAAACUUAAAACCCUAACCCAUUCAAUUCAAUGCAAUUCUAAAAAUUUUCACAAUCCCUUUCUAUUUAUUUUCUCUCCGAUCUUCAACGAGAUUUUAAGGGAACACUCGUGUUGUUGAGCCUCGCCGGUCCUGCAUUUUUCUUUUGUAGAGAGGAGGGGGAGGCCAUAUUCGUGAGAUUUUUGUUAGAAAGAUGAAAAACACGGAGAGAAUUGCGAAUUUGGCUUUGGCGGGUUUAACCUUAGCACCUCUUGUUGUGAAAGUAGACUCAAAUGUAAAUGUUAUCUUGACUGCUUGCCUCACUGUGUAUGUGGGAUGUUAUCGUUCCGUCAAACCAACUCCAUUUACUGAGACGAUGUCCAAUGAACAUGCCAUGCGAUUUCCCUUUGUUGGGAGUGCAAUGUUAUUAUCACUUUUCUUGCUCUUCAAGUUUCUAUCUAAGGACUUGGUCAAUACUGUAUUGACAGGCUACUUCUUUUUACUCGGAAUUUUUUCUCUGUCGGCAACAUUAUUACCAUCUAUCAAACGUUUUUUGCCCAAGCCUUGGAAUGAAGACCUCAUAGUCUGGCGUUUUCCAUAUUUUCGUUCUUUGGAGAUUGAGUUUACAAAGUCACAGAUUGUUGCUGCAAUCCCUGGAACCUUUUUUUGUGUGUGGUAUGCUUGGUGGAAACAUUGGUUGGCAAAUAAUAUAUUGGGUCUUGCUUUUUGUAUACAGGGAAUUGAAAUGCUCUCUCUUGGUUCUUUCAAGACUGGUGCUAUUCUCCUGGCUGGACUCUUUGUUUAUGACAUUUUCUGGGUUUUCUUCACUCCAGUGAUGGUCAGCGUUGCAAAAUCAUUUGAUGCUCCAAUAAAGCUUUUGUUCCCCACAGCAGAUUCUGCAAGACCAUUUUCAAUGCUUGGACUUGGUGACAUUGUUAUUCCUGGUAUCUUUGUAGCAUUGGCCUUGCGCUUUGAUGUUUCUAGAGGAAAACAGCCGCAAUAUUUCAAGAGUGCAUUUUUAGGAUACACUGCUGGCUUGGCCCUUACAAUCGUUGUGAUGAACUGGUUUCAAGCUGCUCAGCCUGCUCUUUUAUAUAUUGUACCUUGUGUAAUUGGAUUUUUGGCUGCUCAUUGCAUAUGGAAUGCUGAUGUCAAACAGUUAUUGGAUUUUGAUGAGUCGAAGAGUGCCAAAUCGUCUCAAGAGGAUAGUGAUGACACAUCUAGCAAAAAGGUUGAAUAAGUUGAAGCCCUUGCAAUACCAAUACUGAGUCAUAGAAGAAAUACUUGACUUUCUAGGUACCCAUUACCCUGUAAUGCUAAGUUAUUCAGCUGCAACCUCUGUAAAGAUUUUUAUUGAGGAAAGUAACUAGUCUUAUUUUCAGUGUAGGAUUUUGCAUUCACUUCUGAAGUUUGUUUUUGUGGCAAACUAUUUUUGCCAUUUUAAAAAAAAAGUUUUCUUACUGCUGUAUAACUUGGUACAUGGGCCUAAUUUUGAUAAGCUUCCAGAGGAAGGCAUGGUUGUUUGAUUCAUGUAAUGCCUCUUAAAUCAGUUCUUCUGGAAUAUUUCUGCCUAGUGUCAUUCAUACAUUUAUUAAUAAUAUAUUGAGGAAAAUGUUUGAAAUA